GAUUCCAGUGUACAUUUCUGCAGUAUAUAACAUGGCAGAGGAGGGUCCUGUACUUUCUAUUCAGCCUUUAAGCUGCUUGGUUGAUGAAAAAACUGAGGUAGAAGUUAAGCUCUUACCUGCCGAUUAUAAAAUCACUCUUCACGCUCUGAUUCACUCUGAAGAUGGAGUCGAUUGGGAAGCGUUCGGCCGCUACACCAGUGACUCUUCGGGGACUGUUAAAGUUUCCAGAGAUAAAAGUCUUGGCGGGACAUUUGAGGGAGUUGAAGCCAUGGGUCUGCUGUGGAGUAUGAGACCAGUUCCUGAAAGUAAACCAGGUCGCCGAUUUCAGAAGAACGAUGUCCAGACACCCAUCAAAGUGGUCAUUUCCGUGUAUGAAGGACACCUUGCUAAGGGCUUCAAGCAUCGCACACCCCUCACAACAGCUACUGCUGAACGCUGGUAUUUAGCCCCUGAAGUCCAGAGGGUUGAAGUGACAAAGGGUGAGAUAAAGGGGACACUCUUCAUUCCUCCAGGUUCUGGCCCCUUUCCUGCUGUGCUGGACCUCUGGGGAGGGCAGGGAGGUCGUGUUGAAUACUGUUCAGCGCUCCUGGCGUCCCACGGCUAUGUCUCACUGGCCCUGGAAUAUGUCGGGCUCCAGAAUUCUGCAGGACAACUCCAACACAUGGACAACACUUAUUUUGAGACUGCGUUCACAUUUCUACAAAAACACCCGAAAGUUCGUCCUGACAGAGUGGCUGUGAUGGGGAUGUCAUUCGGUGUCCCUGUAAUGCUGAGUUUGGCGGCAUACUCUGAAUUUGUGAAGCCCAAGUGUGUGGUUUGUGUGAGUGGGAGUCACAUCAUCCCGCUCAAUGGAUCUUUGGCAGAUAUCUAUGCAGCACUGCAAGAGAACAUAGACAAAAUCCGCUAUGAUGAAAAGAUGAGAAUAAUUUGGCGGGAUCUGUUGCUGCCAGUACCAGAUGACCCUUCCAUGAAAGUUAAGAUGGGUGAAAUCAAAUGUCCUAUUUUAUUAAUCGCUGGUGAGGACGAUCAAAACUGGCCGGCUCCAGAAGCUGCAGCGGAUAUAAAGAAGAUGAUGGAGGAGGCCGGGAACAGUCAUCUUCUAACGGUUCUCUCGUAUCCUGGAACCGGUCAUCUCAUUGAGCCGCCCUACAGGCCUCACGUCCGAUUCAGUGACUUCAAGCUGCUGGAGGCAAAGACCAAAGUGGUGGUGCUUUGGGGAGGAGAGACAAUUCCUCACAGUCGAGCUCAGGAGGAGUCCUGGCAGAAAACUCUGGCUUUUCUUGAGGAGCAUCUCUAUGACAACAGCAGAGAAGAUGCACACUGCUGAUCCUGCAUAUACUGUAUAUUUAACUGCAAGACUAAUUCAUCUUCAUUGUGCUUUUAUACAGUAAUACUGAAUAGAUUAAUAGUAUUAUUUGUAUUAAUGUAAUAAAUUAAUAUUUAAUUAAUAUAAGUAUAAUAUAUGUUGGGCAAUAAUAGUA